GGUAAUGAACGAUCAACUGCCAAUUGUUCCAUUCAAUUUAUCCCUCAGAGUAUAUAGAGUACUAUACUAUACCGAAGGAGACUGGAACCGUUAAUGUCCUUAGAUCCUUAGCAGUUAUGACCUCGCGAACUCCACGAUGGGCCAUCCCCGUAGGCGUUAGUCUAGGCGUCCCAUUUGGUCUCUACCUGCUUUUCGUCUUACUAGGCGCCUCUCCUUUCUUUCAGAGACACUUUUUGUACUGUCAUAGAAUUAAUACAUCGUUCUGGCAUGACUUGAAUAAACCGGAGUAUUGGGGGUUCGCUAGAAACCAGGUAACACCUUUCUCGCUAAGUACCGUCGAUGGGGAGAGCAUCUACGCGUGGCACAUUCUACCUCUUACAACCUACUUGAAGCAUGAAGACAAGAUCCAGGCUCAACAACGAGGCUACUCCGAGGAUAUUACUAAAACGGAGUCAUUUAAGCUACUUAAAGAUGACCCCGAUGCUCGCAUUGUAAUAUAUUUUCAUGGGAACGCUGGUCAUGUUGCCCAGGGGUACCGCCCCGACAGUUAUCACACCCUGACUGAUUCGUCACAUUACCAUGUUCUAGCCAUUGAUUACCGUGGCUUUGGUAAAUCGACCGGUACGCCAUCAGAGACAGGGCUAAUCCACGAUGGUAUUGCUGCCGUGGAUUGGGCAAUGCAAGUGGCGGGCAUCUCAGCCGGCCGGAUUGUUAUAAUGGGCCAUAGCCUCGGAACGGCGGUUACGAGCGGCGUCGCAGAGCAUUUUGCUAUGCAAGGAAUCGAAUUCGCGGGUAUCAUUCUCAUUGCCGGGUUUUCGGACCUGCCAACUCUUCUUUCCUCAUAUUCAGCGGCGGGUUUUAUCCCAGUGCUUUCGCUUCUUCGCCCUAUCCCACCGGUCCUCCGGUUCUUCCAAAACUUCGUCGUGGAUAAGUGGAAAUCGGCAGAACGGCUUGCCCAUGUAGUGAGCUUGACACGAACAAGGCUACGGCUGACUUUUAUCCAUGCCAAAACUGACUUGGCGGUACCGUCUCAUGAGAGCGAUGCGUUAUUCAAAUCCGCGGCUAGCGCUACUAUUAGAGAAGACUUGGAUAGCGACAGCUUCUUAUCAUGGAAAGAACAACGAACCGUGCGCAGAGAUGAUGAGACAUUUACGACGGUUGCCAAAGCCGAACCAGAUAUUAUUAUCAGGGAAGAGCUUGUGUCGUAUAGUGGACAUAACGAAAUAAUGGUGUCUUCGUCAGUCUCGCUCGCCGUGAUGAGAUCGUUUGAGCUUGAUGCUAUAAGCACCUGUUAAGUUCCUUUAUGUCGCAAUGUCAAAUGUUAUAGACCUCAAUUAAUCAGAACAGUAGAAUUUUGUAUUGAUAAAAUUCUCUCUCAUACGCAAACAUCGAGAUCCAAGAGCCAAGACUAUCUUGUUUUAUAUACAUUUAUAUAUACAUCCAUCCAUAUGCGGCCACCUAUAUGCAAUUUAAAUGAUCU